ACAGAUCUGUCACCGUGUCUCUGAUGAUUCUGAAAAGCUUCACGAAGCCGCUGCCUGGGGCCAGGAGGGAAACAGAGCCUCCAGGGCCCUGCAGAGGGAAACAGCAGAGGUUAACAGACCACUGGCCAUUGGGGGCGAGGGCUCACUCAGCUUGGCCCUGGCGGGGACAAUUGAGGGGCUUCCACAGGCAGAAGUGGGCACGGAAGGGACCGACUCUGAGAAGGACGGAUACGGACAGCUGGCUGGAGAGGAGGGGGCAGGGGCAGCCUUCCACCACGGAGAUCCCAGCUGUCAGCUGCCACGCGGGAAGAUGCGGCAUCAGCAGGGCAGCCCUGGCGUGGGUGUGCGUGUGGCCACAGCCCUGGGAGUGCUCUGGCUCUGCCUCACAGGCGCCCUAAAGGUCCAGGUCCCCGAAGACCCUGUGGUGGCCCUGGUGGGGACCGACACCACUCUGCGCUGCUCCUUCUCACCCGAGCCCGACUUCAGCCUGGCGCAGCUCAACCUCCUCUGGCAGCUGACAGACACCAAACAGCCGGUGCACAGCUUCACUGAGGGCCGCGACCAGGGCAGUGCCUAUGCCAACCGCACGGCCCUCUUCCUGGACCUGCUGGCGCAGGGCAACGCGUCCCUGAGGCUGCGGCGCGUGCGCGUGGCAGAUGAGGGCAGCUUCACCUGCUUCGUGAGCAUCCGGGACUUUGGCAGUGCCGCGGUCAGCCUGCAGGUGGCAGCCCGCUACUCGAAGCCCAGUAUGACCCUGGAGCCCAACAAGGACCUGCGGCCUGGAGACACGGUGACCAUCACGUGCUCCAGCUACCGGGGCUACCCUGAGGCCGAGGUGUUCUGGCAGGAUGGGCAGGGCGCGCCCUUGACCCACAACGUGACCACGUCGCAGAUGGCCAAUGAGCAGGGCCUGUUUGAUGUGCGCAGCGUGCUGAGGGUGGUGCUGAGCGCCAAUGGCACCUACAGCUGCCUGGUGCGCAACCCCGUGCUGCAGCAGGACGCCCACGGCUCCGUCACCAUCGCGCCCCACAGGAACCCCACAGGCGCGGUAGAGGUCCAGGUCCCCGAAGACCCUGUGGUGGCCCUGGUGGGCACCGACACCACCCUGCGCUGCUCCUUCUCACCCGAGCCCGACUUCAGCCUGGCGCAGCUCAACCUCAUCUGGCAGCUGACAGACACCAAACAGCUGGUGCACAGCUUCACUGAGGGCCGCGACCAGGGCAGUGCCUAUGCCAACCGCACCGCGCUCUUCCCGGACCUGCUGGCGCAGGGCAACGCGUCCCUGAGGCUGCGGCGCGUGCGCGUGGCAGAUGAGGGCAGCUUUACCUGCUUCGUGAGCAUCCGGGACUUUGGCAGUGCUGCGGUCAGCCUGCAGGUGGCAGCCCCCUACUCGAAGCCCAGUAUGACCCUGGAGCCCAACAAGGACCUGCGGCCUGGAGACACGGUGACCAUCACGUGCUCCAGCUACCGGGGCUACCCUGAGGCCGAGGUGUUCUGGCAGGAUGGGCAGGGCGCGCCCUUGACCCACAACGUGACCACGUCGCAGAUGGCCAAUGAGCAGGGCCUGUUCGAUGUGCGCAGCGUGCUGAGGGUGGUGCUGAGCGCCAAUGGCACCUACAGCUGCCUGGUGCGCAACCCUGUGCUGCAGCAGGACGCCCACGGCUCCGUCACCAUCACAGGGCAGCCCAUGACAUUCCCCCCUGAGGCCCUGUGGGUGACCGUGGGGCUCUCCGUCUGUCUCGUGGCACUGCUGGUGGCCCUGGCCUUUGUGUGCUGGAAGAAGAUCAAACAGAGCUGCGAGGAGGAGAGUGCAGGGGCCGAGGACCAGGAUGGGGGUGGAGAAAGAUCCAAGACAGCCCUGCAGCCUCUGAAACACUCUGAAAACAAAGAAGAUGCAGACGAUGGACAAGAAAUAGCCUGACCAUGAGGACCAGGGAGCUGCUGCCCUGCUUGGGGCCCGCACCUCCGGCUGUACUGGGCCCUCUGUGUGAGCCUGGGGCUAGGGCUUCCCUGCCCCCACUCUGGCCAGUCUACUCAUUCUCCAAAGGACACGAUACAUAGACUGACCCCUAUCCCCACCACCUUCUUCCUCCAAUGGACAUGAUUCCCAAGUCACCCUGCUGCCUUAUUUUUCUGGCGACACAAUACAUAAACCAUUCUGCUGCCUUAUUUCUCGUGGACGCAACUACAGAAUACCCUACCACCUUAUUUCUCCAGUGGUUAUGCUACCUGGACCAUCUGGCUACCUUUUUCUCCAAAGGAUGUAAUAUUCAGACCGUUCCUUUGCUUUAUUUCUCCAAGGACAUGAUACAAGUCACCCCCUGCCUGGUUUCUCCAAUGGCCCUGAUACACUAGUUAUCAUUUGUUAGCCUUCUAGUCCUGAUGUCCCCCAUAAUAAUCUCUAUUCCCGUCUCUCAGACAAGGACCCUGCAACCUCAGCAGCUCUUCGAGUCUAGAGGCUGUCUCCUCCUGCCUCCUCCUUCGCUGGCCCCAGUGUUGGGCUUUUUCCUUCCCCCCUGAGUCAAGACAGGGCCCACAGAGCCACCUACAGGUGUGCAGAGACACACAGGUGCACGUGCUGGAACACGGAUGCCCCUCCUCACCCUGUCUCCUUUGUGGUGCCCUGGGCUGUGCCCUCUGAGCAUCCUCCUCUCUGCCCAGCCCUCCCCAAUGAAGCAUGUGCUGGUCACACUGGCUGUCUGGAUGUGCGCCAUGGGCCUCCCCCUGUAGGGACCCAGCUUCUGUCCCUCUUCCUUUCCUGCCUUGGAAGCCGCAAAACAACUCCUUUCAUUUAUCCAUCCAAUUACUGUUUAUGGAGCAUCCACAGGGUGUCAGCACUGUGUUAGGUGCUGGGGACCCUGAGUGAGAAGACCAGUCCCUCCCUCAAGGAUCUCGUCAUCUGGCUGGGAAACCUGCAAGGAGCCAGACAAGGAGCUGUGCGUCAGCCUGGGGGACAGUCAGAGAGGGUGGUUCACAGCGGGCGGCUUCUGCCUUGCUCCCACUGACCCUUCUUCUGUGCCCGCAGCUUCUGGAUACCUCACCCCCACCCCAUCCCUAAUCCUUACCCAGAGCAUGGGGUAGGGGCAGAAACUGGAGAGAGGGCCGUAGCCUCAUGCCACAACUGGGGACUCUGAUGGUUUCCGGUGUCUUGCCAGGUGUAAGCCUGGAAGAGCGGGCAGGUGAGCAGGUGGCCAUGGGCCCCCAGACCUGGGAUAGCAGCAGCAUAGGUGAUUCCUGGGGCCUCCCUCAUGGCUGGACUUGGGGGCGGGGCCAGGAGGGCUGCAGGACACAGACACUGCCCCCACCAACCAUGGUGCUGUUCUGGGGCUGGGGCCCCACCUGGCUUGUCUGGCCAGCAUCCAACUUCUAGUAGGCUCGAACUUCCGAUGUUCUGAUAUCUUCCUGGUGACAGCUCUCCCCCCAGGAAUGGAGUACGUGGGGAUUUUUAAUUUAAAUGUGGGACUCUGAGGAAUUUUGUAAACUGGGAGAGUACUGGGGAAAAAUAAAUGCCUUUGUAAAGAG